AACAACAUCUCAACAUUGAUAGACACGCAAAUCUGGACAUCACCGCAAAAGCCAGGCGUCCUGACUGAUACUCACAAACAAUCUUAAUGAUGAGUGCUGCUCUGAGUGAAACAAUGCAGACGUCAACAAUGGAGUCCCUGCAGUGCCAUUUCAACUGGGAUCUUGAGCCAACAUCCCGACUGUUACAACUCAGAGAUAAGCUGAAGGAUAUUGGAACAGAGGAGGGAAACAGGUGGCUCGGCCACAUCUACAACCUGCAGGGAUUCAUUCAGUACAAGCUGGGGUUUAAUGAAGAUGCUAAGAGUUUGUUCAGCAAGGCUGCAGAGGCCUUCCAUGAGCUUAGACAUGCAGAUGAGGGUCCCUGGUUAUUGGUGAACUACGGGAACCUGGCCUGGCUGCACUACCAUCUGGGAGACGAAGCAGAGAGUCAGGCUUACCUGUCAAAGGUUGAUGCCCUGAUGAAAAAUCACCCAUCUCCAUCCCAAGGCGAGCUCCACCCAGAGGUCUACGCUGAGAAAGCCUGGACCCUGAUGUAUUUUGCUGCAGAUAGAAAGGUGGUUGCAGAUUACUUUGAGAAAGCCAUCAGGAUGCAGCCGGACAUGGUGGAGUGGAACACCAGCCAUGUCAUAGGUUUAGUGAGUGCUCAUAAGCACAGCGAUGCAGGGGUGGAAGAUGACCUCUUAGAAAAGAUGAGACACGCAAAGGAACAGGAUCCUGAAAACGUGUACCUCGCUGCUCUCUAUCUUGAGCAACUUGCUAAGAAAGGUGCAAGAGUUGAAGCGGAAAUCUUUCAGUUGGCCAACAAGGUGUUGAGAAGCCCUGUCAGCAGCUACAGCGGUAUGAAGGCGGUAUUAAGGCUUUACAGAAAUUACAUAUCUGUUAAUGAGGCCAUUGAUUUGGCAGAGAAGGCUCUGGAAGAGCAUCCAGAUGAACGUUAUUUGAAGAUGUGUGUUGCCCUGUGCUACAGAUGGAAGAUUAUUCAUUUCAGUGACGGUUGCCACCGUCAAAGCAUUUUAGAUAAAGCUAUCUGUCUCUAUGAGGACUUGCUUUCUCUUUACCCUCACUUUUCCCUCAUGAAGGAAAUUGACCUUGCGUCUUUAUACGCAAAAUCAAGUGACCACAAGGCUAAAGCCGAGCAGAUAUACCAGCAACUGCUGGACCGUGAUCUGGAACCUGCAGAAAAACAGGUGCUUUACAACCACUACGCAUACUAUUUAUUCUAUGAUCGAAAGGAUAGUAAAGGAUCAGUUCAAUAUCACAUGAAGGCAGCAGAGAUAACACAACAGUCCUUCUAUAAGGAGAAUAGCAUCAAGCUACUGGAGACGAUCAGAGACAAAGGCAAGCACCCAAUGUGUCAAGAAAUAAAGGAGUUUCUUAAAAAAGAUGAAUAAACAAAGUAAAGUACAAAAGUUUGAGUGAAGCCGGAGUAAGCUCAUGGGUGAACAUAGCAGGUAAUAGUCCAGAGCAACCGCAGCAAACCAAUGGGCAUGUUAAUGACUCUAAUUAAACAUGUAGAUUCUCCUCAGGGUCUGGAUUUUAGUCAGAGAAGUAUUCUGUGUAGGCUUUAGUGUCUGCAGGAAAAAAACAUCGGGAGGGCCACAAUCCAGUGUAAUGACAUCCCAGCUUCCAUGGUUGGUAAUCUGAGGAGGAUUUAUUUCUCUCUAUAAACAAAUAUCUGCAUGAAGAGCUGCUAACAAUCUCUUCUAGAUCAAACAUUUACACUUCUGCUUGAUGCUGUGUCACUUAAGACAAUCAACAUUUAGAUUUCCUUAUUUACUGUUUCAGUUUGUAUUCUAUUAUUGCACUGUUCAAUAUAUAACUGUAUUUUAGUAAGGAAGAAUAAUAACAUAACAUUGUAGACAUUAGUGUCAUCGGCUUUUUGCACUUCAGCAGAUCUGUUUCGUCAUUGCUCAGCUGACGAACACAAGUUACUUUUCCAGAGUUCUUGAAUCUGGAGAAAUCACAUCCCUGAUUACUAAGUUUUACUUUUAAACCAGUGUUAUCAAACGAUUCAUUUGUAAAAUCCUGAUUAAUAGCUGAUUUCAACAGUUAAUCUUAAUUAAUUGUAUUUUUAAUCCCAUUUUAAUUCCAUUAUUUUGCAUUUGAAAACAGCUUUGAAGUCCAUAUAAACAAUGUACAGUAAUUCUUAUCAGUGUGUUGAUUUGUGAAUCAAAUGAAUGUAAUGAAAUGUAUGUUAUAAUCUUGACUUUUUGAUGUAUUAUUAAAUAAAUUCUGCUUUGCUGC